AUGGCCAAGGACCUCUACGGUCUUAUUGACCAGGCAGUUCUUUACCUGGCAGGGAAGGGUGGGCUGGGAUCGGAAUUCCGGUUAUCCAGGCCUCCCGCCUGCCUGUCUGCCCCGCCCCCGCCGGCGGCGCCGCGCCCCUCCCCAAACCGCCAGACUAGCACGGUGCGGGGGGCCGCGCGCGAAGACAUCCGGGAGAAGAUGGAGCUGAGGCUGGAGUCGUUCGUGGGGGCCGAGCCCGCCGUCUACCGGUGGCCACUGCUGGUUUACGAGGAAAAGAGACGUAGAGUUACAUCCAGAGAACGACUUGGGCAGCUGGCCACAAUGGCUGGUAUAGAUCAGUCAGAUUUUCAUUUACUAGGUCGUCCCCAGAUGAAUUCUACUGUUAGUAGUCCACGUAAAGAAGAAAAGAAGACACUUGAAGAAGAAAAAUCAGAAUCAAAACAGGGUGCCCCAGGACAAAUGCAAAAUAUCCAAUUUCAGAAAAUUACAGGUGAUGCUAGGAUUCCUUUGCCUCUCAACUCCUUCCAUGUCCCAGUGUCUACUCAGGAGGCCUUAGAAACUUCCAAAGACAACCUGGGGGUCCCAGUCACAGAGCAGUGGCAGGAGUCUUGUGAAGAUUUCAUUGCUAGAACAUGUUCUCCCUUCAGCAGACGUCAUUUCUGGAACUGGAAGUCAAAGAAAAGAAGAUGAAUUAUCUAGAAAUAACAGGUAUUCUUCAGAGAAAAUGAGCAAAGCAGGUGAAUAUACCAAAAAACACUGCUAGGAAACAACAUGGGAAGGACCUGCAUUCCUGCUCUGACUCACCUGUAAAGCAGAAAAGCAAAGGAAUUGGGCAAAAUUCUUUGGUUAAUAAACCAAUUAAAAGUGAGUCUUCGGAAAAACACAUUUCUAUUAAGAAAGAGAGUAGAAUAGUGACUGUUCCAUCAAAGAAAACUAAAAGUAAACUCAAUCUACUAGAACAUUCUGAAAGUGAUACUCUUGGAUCUGAUUGUGAAUUUCAGGAAAGCAUCCAUACUCUAUCAUGCCUAACAUAGGUCUAAAUCUUUUAAAAUUAUGUUUUUGCCUUCAAAUUUUAAUAAAUUACUUAUGUUUUUAUUAUAGCA